AUGGAGUCUGCCCUGGGCUGGGUCGACGACCUCUUCCACCUCUUCGGUCGCGAACCUCCACCCAACCUCAACCUCUACAUCGCCCUUGUAGUCAUCCUCGUUCCCCUCCCCAUCGUCUUCCUCUUUGUCAGAUCUGCCCGUCCAAGACAAGGUAUCGUCCCUCCCUACCGCGAGCGAGUGCUCAUCCUCGGCGCCUCCUCUGGCGUGGGCGAAGAGCUGGCGCUGCAGUACUCUCAAAGGGGAUGCCGCAAUCUGAUUCUAGUUGCGCGUCGGGCUGAUGAGCUGGCAAAGGUCAAGGCAAAGUGUGAUGAGAGGAGAAAAGAGGGAGAGGAGUGGGAGCAGAGUCAAGAGGCGCCUGGGUGGGAGAAGGUAGGAGAGACGGUCACGACCAUUACGGCCGACUGCACAAAGCCAGAGGACCUUCUCAAGAUCCGGCAGCUGGUCAGGAAGACAAUGGGAGGACUGGAUACACUGCACAUCGUCUUCGGUGCCUCAGCGCUUCGUUCUGUGCUAGGCACAGCCGGCAUCGAUCCCGUCACCUCCUCACAGCCUCUCACUCCAGCAAACGCCCAUGCCACUCUUGAAGGCAUCACCCAGACUAUGACCUCUGCCCGCAAAAUCCUCGACGUCAAUGCUGCCGCCACAGCAGGGAUCAUGGUCACCUUCAUCCCGCUCCUGCAACUCUCCUCGCCCGCUCCAGCAGCCGUGCUCAUGUCUAGCGUGGCCGCCCUGGUGCCCCCACCUACUCGCGGGUUGUACGCAGGUAGUAAAGCAGCUCAGAUGCAGAUCUUCCAGACUGCUGCCCUCGAAGCCAAGGCGCAGAGUGAGCACGCCACAAAGACUGGUCAGGCCCACCGGGCUUCAGUCAAGUGCUUUGUCCUGGCACCAGGGACCAUUCGUACCGAUUUCCGGCUAUCGGCAGUGGAUGGACCGAUUGACGCUUCGAUUCGCGAUGCCUCGUGGGAUCAGGCGGCGAACAAGAAGGGAGGAAGCAGCGAUCUACUCGAAGUGGGAGAGGUGGCUCACGAUGCGAUUCGUGGAGCAGAUCGGAUGGCAGAGGGCGUCAAGAUUAUUCCAGCCAAGUACAAGCUGGUGCGCUUUGCACAGUUACUGGUGUGA